AUGUUUAGCCUCCAGGGUAGACGAUCUGGUGUAUGGGAUGAUGAUAUCCUCACUAGGCCCCUGCCCGACAUUGAAGACCUAUCAGAUACAGAGGCAUACUACUACGAUUCAACUAGCUUUCCAGGCCAGAGAGGCCAGGAUAUCUCGAGACCGACAAGAGCAUUCUUCCUUGGUUGUCGUGAAAGUCAGAUCAUCAACGUCAAAGACUUGGAAGAGGGUAGAAUACAGCCAUGCGCGCCGACAUUUGCGAGCUCUCAAUCGAGCCUUGCACUCAACAACAACAUUCAUUGCGAUCUUGCACAAGUGCCCUACAGAAUUGACGAGGCUGAAAAAGACAUAGGUGAAUCUCAGAGAAAAUCCCGAGCAUCGACAUUGCGAAGUAUUCGUCACAGUCUUUAUCGCAGACAAUCCUUGGCCCUGCCACCAAAAAAAGGCACAAGCCUUUACAGGUACUUUCGCUGGAACUUUGGAUCCGUCUACAGGCGCAUUUUUACUUUCGCCUUUAUCUGCAACGUUGCUGUCCUGGCGGCACUCCUCGGCCAAACAAUUAUCGGAACAAGCCGCCUCACAUACCGAGAGGCAUCAACCGCAGUCUCGGCUAACAUAUUCGUUGCCAUGCUUAUUCGCAACGAGCACAUUGUCAACGCCUUGUUUAUCAUGUUUGGCACGUGGCCGAGGCGCUUCCCACUCAGGAUCCGCCGCCUCUUCGCCAAGGUGUACUCAUACGGCGGUGUUCACAGCGGCUGUGGCGUUGCAGGAACGCUCUGGUACGUGGUGUUCGUGGCCCUCCUCACGAUCGACCAUCAGCAAAGAGACCGAGGCCAAGUGCUCUCCGCACUCAGGGGCUACUUAUACCUGGUAACGUAUGGCACGUUCGUCAUGUUGGCCCUGAUCCUGGUGUUUGCGCAUCCCAAAGUUCGCGCCAGCAUUCAUAACUGGUUUGAAGGAGUACAUCGCUUCCUUGGAUGGUCAGUUGUUGUCUUCUUCUGGGCGCAGACGUUGCUCAUCGCGUUUGAUGACUCGCCCGCCAUGGGGCUCUCUUACGGCCAAGCACUGCUUGUCAGUCCAUCGUUCCGGCUGUUGUUUUUGAUCACUCUGUUGGUCAUCUACCCUUGGACUCGUUUGCGGCGACGCGAAGUUCAAGUAGAGCCCCUGUCAAAGCAUUGCGUCAAGCUCAACUUCUCCUACUGCGACGGUCACUAUGGGCAGGCCAUACGCCUGUCCGAUGCUCCCCUCAAGGAGACCCACGCCUUUGCCGUCAUCCCCAACCCCAAGACUGCAGCAGGGCCGUUCCCUAUCGGUGUCGGGUGCUUUCAAGCCGCAACUGAUGGGCGACCAUGCAGUCCCGGUGGGGCACUGAGGGAAACUGGUCAAGAACCCCCAGCUGUAGUAGAUAUUGAGUCAGCCAAGGCAUUGGCGAGAGCCAAAGCGCUCGCGAGACAACACCACCGACAGCAGCUGGAUCACCUAUCCAGCUCGACCCUCUCCAACGCAAGCAAGACGGGGUUUUCGGUAGUCAUCUCGGACGCGGGCGACUGGACGCGCAAGAUCAUCGCCAAGCCCCCUACGCACAUCUACACGCGGGGCGUGCCGCAGUACGGGGUGAUGCGGAUCGCGGGCAUGUUCGAGGCCGUCAUCAUCAUGGCAACCGGGUCGGGGAUCGCCCCGUGCCUGGCCCUCUUCGCCGAGAUGCCGGACCACCCCGUGCGCGUCAUCUGGUCCGCCCCCUCGCCGCUCGAGACGUUUGGGCAGGCCGUCGUCGACACGGUCCUCAGGGCAGACCCGGACGCCGUCAUCCACGACACCAGGAAGCAGGGGCGGCCGGACCUGGUCAAGAUGGCGUAUCGAAUGUGGGCGGCCAGCGGGACCGGUGGGGAGUUUGCGCUGGGAGGGCGGAAGAGGUUGGGUCGGUGCGAGGCCGUGGUCGUCAUCUCGAACCAGGCCGUCACUAGGAAGGUGGUGUAUAAUCUGGAGUCUAGGGGUGUGCCUGCGUAUGGGGCGAUUUUUGACUCCUGA